CUAGAGCGUACUCUGCCCCAGCUCACCUGGCUGGAGUCGACGGGUCAAUUCAGCAAGUGGGAGUUGCAGCAGGUCACCUCUUCUCGAUCCAAGCACGAGCAAUCGCUGAUUCGUCGAGGUGUGACUCGCGAAGAUUUUCAUCGAUACAUUGCGUUCGAAGCCGAUUUCGAAUCUCUGCGCUUGUUGAGGGAGGAACGUUUGAGCAGACCCAUCAGCGUCAAGGAGAGCGCCAAAGCUAGAGCAGAUGCGAUCAGGACGCUCAUCAACAUCUACGAACGCGGUUGCAAAAGGUUAAGGGGAGAUGUGAUGUUUUGGGAAGAGUACAUCGCUUGGAGUUUGGCAAAAGGAAUGAGGAUCGUCAGCGGCAGAAUCAUUGCCAGGGCUUUGGCAAUGUUCCCUAAUGCUGUCAGACUUUGGAUAAGGUGUGCGGAUUGGCAGUUGAACGUCAAUGGCGCUCCUAAUGCUGCUAGAGCGCUGCUGCAGCGAGCAAUCAGACUCAAUGCCAGACCUCAUCUCUCCAGCAUCGAGAUGCUGAGCCUUUGGAUCGAGUAUAUCCGAAUGGAGUUGGUCUUUCUGGAGAGGGUACGCAGGCGCAGAAAAGUGCUC